CGUAUCUAAGGUUUGAUGGUAUAUGUGUGUUCGUCUUUGGGUUUACAGAAAGGAUGUGUUUAAAUGGGGGAGAUUCAAUUAGAAAUUAACCACUAGCUUCGUGAAAACAGCUGCCUUCUGAACAUCUUGAAACAUGAGCACAAAAGAGGACGCCACAACAGACCGUGGCUUUCUUGUUGGGAGCAUAUUCUUCAUCCUUGGCCUGGGAACGUUGUUACCAUGGAACUUCUUUAUGACUGCGUCUAUGUAUUUCAACAACAGAUUAAACGCAUCGGAAUGGAUGAACGGAACGUUGACUGUCAGGAAGGAAUAUUAUUUCAAUAACUGGAUGACUCUGCUAUCCCAGCUGCCUUUGCUUCUGUUCACUUUGCUCAACUCUAUCCUCUAUCAGCGAAUCUCGGAGAAGAUGAGGAUAGGAGGCAGUUUAGUCUUCAUUCUCGUCCUUUUCAUCCUCACCGCUGUCCUGGUGAAGGUUCCUAUGGAGGAGGACAGGUUCUUCUCUGUCACCAUGGCAACCAUCUGGUUUAUCAACUCAUUCGUGGCUGUGUUGCAGGGAAGUCUGUUUGGUUUGGUGGGUUUGUUGCCACAGAAGUACAGUGCUGUGUUUAUGAGUGGACAGGGACUCGCAGGAACAUUUGCUGCUUUUGCCAUGAUUUCCGCCUUAGCAAGUGAAGCUGAUAGUGAAACGGCAGCUCUUGGUUAUUUCAUCACUCCGUGUGUCGGGACCCUUCUCACAAUCAUGUGUUACAUGCUGCUACCCAAACUGAAGUUUGCUCGCUUUUACCUGGACAAGUGUAAUAGCAAGAGCAACGAGCUUGAAACAUUCAGCCAGCUGCUACCUACAGAUUCUGUGAAAGGAUCUGGGCAAGCAAGUGAUGGUUCGAAUGGCUCUGUGGUGAACGGGAAUCCUAACGGAGACGUUAACUGUGUGAGUGAAGAGGAGGGCAGCAAACAGGCCUUCCUCCCACUGCAGCCGGAGAUUGUGUCGGCACAGAAGAGCUCCGUCCUGGAGGUCUUUAAAAAGAUCUGGGUUAUGGCGUUUUGUGUCACAUUUGUGUUCACAGUAACGCUGUCAGUUUUUCCUGCUGUUACUGUGGAUGUGAAGACUGUUUAUGAAGGCAAAUGGGAAAGAUACUUUAUCCCUGUUUGCUGUUUUCUCAUAUUUAAUUUGAUGGAUUGGUUUGGCAGAACGGUUACAUCACUAGUUCAGUGGCCCCCUAAAGAGAGUCGCUUGUUCCCAGCGCUGGUCGUUUCUCGGAUAAUCUUUGUUCCUUUGCUCAUGAUGUGUAAUGUUCAGGAAAGGCACUUACUACCAGUGCUCUUCUCAAAUGAUCUGAGUUUUGCUGUCAUUAUGGUGUUCUUCUCUGUGUCCAGUGGAUACUGUGUGUGUCUGUCCAUGACCUAUGCACCACAGCUGGUGGAAUCGAAAGAUGGGGAGACGGCCGGCGCGUUAAUGACAUUUUUUCUGGCUCUGGGUUUGUCGCUGGGAGCUGUUUUCUCAUUCCCUCUACGCUUCAUGGUCUGACAUCACAUAAACUAACACAAAGACACAUUCUCAAAUAUUCAAGCAGCUUUCAGUGCUGUCUGCUGAAAAUCCAUUCUCAUGAUGUUUACACAAAUGAGCUGAAUUCAUGAAAAGACAGAAUGACAAAAUCAGCUCUAUUAAAGUGAAUACAACACCAGCAGUUUUUGGACAUUUACAGGUAAAGGGAAAGCUGGUGAAAUGCACACUUUGUGUUUUCAAGAAAUGUAGUAACUAUUGUAUUUUGGCCAAAACUGUGGUUACCAUGUUCAGUUUUUGUAAUGUCUUAGAAGUCAAGGAGGCAUAUUUGUUUUCUGUAAGAGUUUUGCCUUCCCUCGCAAUACCUUUAUCCAUCCCUUAUGAAAUAAAACCAUGGUUCUACUACAGUAACCAUAGUUCAACUAUGGUAUUUGUUUGAAAAAUAUAUUAACUACAAAAUGUACCAUUGGGUUACUAUAGUUGAACUAUGGUAUUUGUUUGAAAACCAUAUGUGGCAGCGGGGGCGUGGUCAAGCGCCC